CUUCAAUUGUAGGUGCGGCUCACUUGACCACGGACAAACGAACGACGGCUCACUUUAUCCAUCUCUGUGCGCCUUGGUGCGCGCCGCGCUCUUCGCACGUCUCUGUGUCACUCACACCAUGUGGAUUAUUUUGGCGUUUGUUUUGGCAGCUGCCCGUCCCGGUGGGAGCUGGGGAUGUCAACUACCCCAAGACUGGAGACCACAGACUGAAGCAUGCCGUGCCGAGCUUGCGGAGAUCAUCGUUUUUGCCAAAGUGUUGGCGCUGCACAAGGAGUCCUACAGUGUGUACAACUACCUGCCGUGGGAGCACGACAACGACCUGCUCUUCUCUGCCGAGAUCGAGCUGCUGUGCGAUCAGGCGUGGGGCAGCAUGCUGGAGGUCCCCGCCGGCUCCAGGUUCAAUGUCAGCGGUCUGGGCUACUUACCCUGCUUCUCCUACAGCGUCACCAAAAACAACAACUACUACUUCUUUCUAAGGAUGGAUGAGAACUACAAUAUUGUUCCACAUGGAGUUAACUUCCAGGAUCCCAUCUUCCCCGACACGGCAGAGAACCACCGUAUGUUUGCAAGCCUCUUCCAGUUUUCCAACUGCACACCUGGAACUCAAGUCCACAGCUUUACUCCGGAGUGGGAAGCUCAAGAGGACAGCCGGUUGUUGUGCUCCUCUGUGCAGAAGGCUCUGUUUGAGGAGGAGGAGAGGGUGAAGACUCUCUCCCAGAAAGUGCGAUCCCUUGAAAAAUCCAACAGCCACCUCAAGGAGAAGGUAAAGAACCUGAAACGUCUGCUGCGCCAGGCCCAACGGGAACCCACCAAGGAGCAGCAGACCCUCAGCCUGAAACAGCUCUAUGAGUCAAAGACGACCCAAACUCACCCUGAUCAGGAUACAAUCCAGGAUGAAAAGAACCAGCCACUUAAAAAAGUCACAUCCAAGAAACUAAGAAACUGAUUGUGUAAAUCUGACUUUUUCUUCCUGGUGAGUGACAAGAAACGCACCAGAAAUCAGCAGAAACAACCAAUAGGUUCAAUCAGAUUUAAUUUAGUGUUCAUGUCUUCAACAUUAAAUCAAUGGUAGUGCUGGACACAUCAUAUAAAUAAAAACUUUUUACUAAAUGCUAAAUAAAAUUCAAACUUUCAUCUUUUGAAAAUGUACCUUUUUUCAGCCAUCAUAUUUUUUUUAUUUCUGCUCAUUUACAGAUUUAAUGGACGAAAAAGCAUCAGUUUCUAUGUUCAGCUUGAUUUGUUGUGUUGCUCAAAAUAUGAGAAGUGAAAACUCAGAAUGAGAGCAAAUAGGAAAAAAGCUUCUUCUGUGCAUUCAAGCUGAUAAGGUUUUAAAGGCGUAGUGCUGAUUUUUUUGAGGUUGGUUUCUGUGAAAAUUUCACAUACAUAAUAUGCAAAUACAAAACACUACAGAGUAGAGUUUAUUGAAUCCACUGUGAAAUUGGACCCACUGCAAGGAGCUGUUAGGUCUAAAAACUAAUUGCUAUUUCUCCAAGCUAAAGCUGUUCAAAGAGCUACCACAUCAGGUUAAAUAUUAAAUGUUUAUGACCUUCCCACAGAAAGCUACUUCAAACAAUCUGAACAUCACUUUUAGGCCGCAUGUCACGUCUUUAUGAGAAGCCUAAUGUGCUAAAUGGAAAUUGGGAAGUUUCAGGUUUCAUAAGAUGAAGGUAUGGCAGCUCAAAGGGCAAAAAAUCAGAUCUGAACUGGUGGGAAAUUUACCUUUUUAAAUGGAGUUGUUGCACUUUAGAUUUAGUGUUUUUGAGGAUGAGUCAGACCUUUUAUUCCACACCUAAUUUUAGAAACAGUUCAUCAAAACCGUGUGUUCUUUUUUACCCAAUCUUUAUGAAUAAAUAUGUUAUCAUAUUCCA